GUAGUUUCUGUUGUGUUGUGUGGCGGGUGGAUGUGUGUUACUUCCUCUAUAAUCUGAGGAGUAAUAUUUACCGAUAUUAUGUAGAUAUUUCCUUCCUAUCAUCAAUCUCCGCUCACUGAUCGAUUACCUGAAAAUGUCGACGGUUCUCUUGGCUGUGGUUGCUGUAAUAUUGUGUGUACUCUUUCGAAUACUGAACGUGAACAGUCAACCUCAAAAACCUGUGAUAUAUGGAAGGGAUAGAAGCUUUAUUGAGAAUGUCUUAUUUGUUUCACCUUUCCUGAAUGAACCUUACAUACCUACUCGUCUAUGGGGCUUCAGCGGACAUGUUCAGACGAUCCUUCACAGCUUGAUCGGGCGCGUCCGGUGCCCUUGGCCUAUCGGUGGGCGCAUCUCCCUAGUUCUGCCCGACAAGUCGACCCUCACUUACGAUUUAUACGAACCAGUGGGCUCGGAACAUGAAGAUGACGUGACAGUGGCGAUCUGCCCCGGCAUCGGGAACACCUCCGAGAGCGUGUACAUUCGAACCUACGUGCACUAUUCACAAUGCCACGGGUACCGGUGCGCGGUGCUGAACCACAUCGGCGCCCUCAACAGCGUGCCAGUGACAGGCACACGCAUAUUCUCGUACGGACACACAGAAGACUAUAACUAUAUGAUUGAAAAUCUAUUGGAGCGAUAUCCUAAUACAAAGUUAAUUCUAGUCGGCUUCAGCCUUGGUGGUAAUUUGAUUACGAAAUACCUGGGCGAAGACAGGAAAAGACCAAGCAACAUAAUAGGAGGCAUUUCCAUAUGUCAGGGAUACAACGCUAUUGACACCAUGGUAUACCUGCUUCAAUGGCAGAACUUCAGACGUUUUUACCUAUACAUAAUGACAGACAACCACCGCAACAUCAUCACCAGGCACAAGAGAAUGCUGCUGAGUCCAGAAAUGAAGAGCCGAUGUAAUCUCGACGAGAAAAUGAUCGUCUCCGCUGGUACAUUGCCUGACCUCGAUGAAGCUUAUUCUAGAAGAGUUCACGGCUUCGAUUCAGUGGCGGAAUUGUACAAGUGGAGUUCGUCGGCUUUUUACUUGCACAACAUAAAAACUCCGAUGAUAUUCAUCAACGCACGCGACGACCCCAUUGUUCCCGAACCAUUGCUGCCGCUUAUUAGGGAAUUUGUUAGUUCACGCGAUAAAUCCAUGUAUCUGGAGCUGGCUCAUGGUGGACACUUGGGUUUCUACGAAGGAGGCUUGAUAUACGCCAACCCAGUGAACUGGCUGGACCGCGCGCUCGUGGGCCUCGCCGGCGGGCUCCUCAUGGCACACAACAAGUGCUCGCCCAAAGACGCCAGCGCGCUGGAGAACGAAUGCAACGUGUCGGACGACGAGCCAGAUCUCAUCAAGUCUGCCACCAUCGUAUACCGUGAUCCGUUUGAAAAGAUCGCGCAGAAAACAUUCUGAAUUAUAGCGUGUACAAUGUGACUAAAGCUCAAAGAGCGUUUUCGUAGAUAUCUACAGAGUUAUUUAUUUAUACACAAUAAUAUUCGGGAUGUUUAGAAGACCAUCCAGUUACGUAUUAAAAUAUUCGUGAAUACUUAAAUAUUUUUGUGUCUAGAAUUAUUUAUCGGGCGGUAGCGUAUCGAUGUUUAAUAUUCGACGUGACUACUUCAAAUCCUCGUAGAAUUUAAAUAUGAUAUUGAAUCAAUAGUAUUCGGGGGACAUGAUUAGUCCCGAUAUGACAUUCCUAGUGAGUGUACGCACGGAGCGUGAAAAUCUAUAGAACUUUAUCCUGAAUUAUGAACCUUUGGUGUGGUCUUCAAGUAGAGGCCUUGAUCACGCCUACCAAAGUUUUAGUACGGAAUUUAGUAGUUCCUGAUUACAUGCCCUAAGUAAGAUAUGAAAUAUUUUGUGUACGUUUAUAAAUAUGGCGUAAUUUGAACAUGUUAUUUAUUGAUAAGAUUGCGAUGUUAAUGAAAAAUUCAAGGGCCAUUAGAUGUGAAAUUCAAAAGAUCUGAUUCUAGUUGCUGUUGAGCGAGCCUAAGUAGAAUAAAGAGAUAUUCGAUUAACGUCCGUUUUAUAUUUAAUGAUAAUUUGAGGCCUAGAUGAAGGCUUGAAAAUUUUAUUGUUGCUAUGUAUGAAUGAUUGAAUGGGCCCUUACUUAACGUGAUAUGUAGCUGGUGAUUUUAUUUAUGUACUUUUGCAUUUUAUUUAAAAUAUUUUUAUAGUAUGGCAAUAUAGGACUUUCUUUUGAAGACAUACUUAUUGUCUUUGAACUAAUAAAAAUAAAUGUAUCGUUGACUUAUCCCAAUCUAUUUGCUAAACUAUAAGUCGCUACAUAACUAUUGCAUUAAAACGUUAAAUGGAUUAUUGUGUUCUAGUCCUAAUUAUAUUAUGUCUUCAAAAGAAUUCCAUAUAGCAUUAACGUAACACCUUGUUAUUUUGUGAUAAAAGUAAUAGCACAUUAUCAGUAUCUUAUAUACACGAUGAAGUUUUGUGUCACUACAUUUCCAAGUGAUAUGACACUUCACAAUAGUACAAAUAAAUUGAAAGCACAAAUCCUCGUUUCUGUUCCUAAUAUCAUGUCUAUUUGUUUGGAUUGUUUUGUAUGUUUGUAUUUGAUGUAACACAUAGAAACAUAAUGAGAUCAACAAUAUGAGCUGUGGCACUAUUGUAUUUGACAUUCCAUUAAAAUUUUCCAAGAUAUUGCAUUUGUUUUCUUGUCUGAGUAUGGCACUCUGUAACUGAAUUGGCUUCUUUAUUUUUUACUGAAUGAUAAGAACAUUGGUGUUGGUGUGGAAAGUUUUCAAGGCACUUUGAUUUGGCUGCGAUAUCAAUACAUAUAAUUGUGGAAAAUUCCAUCUUUGAUUUAACAUUACUACAGCUGUCUUUCGAUUGGGUGGACUUGGAUGUGACGUAUAUUAAUAAUUUGAACUAUAUUUAAACAUCUGUUAAUACUCUAAAAAAUGUAAAAUUAAAUAUGGAAGAUUUGUAUAAUAUUGAUCAUCGCUAUGUUUCUCUGUGAGUUAAAUUAUUGAACAAUUAUGAGAACUUAAUAGCUUAUGCCAAUUUUUACGGCAGUAAAUAGGCUAAUCAUAAUCUUUUACAUAUCUUGUCACGCUAGGCCUGUGAAAACAAAAUAAUAAUAAUUACGAAUGCUCGUGACCAAAUAGAGUUAGGCCAUAAAGAUUGGCAUCAGCUACAAAGUGUCGCUUGGGUAAUUUAUUCGCCGAGUGUAUCUGGUCAAACCUUAUUCACACUAGUGACUUUUGUGCUUGCGAUUAUUUUUUCGCGGGCUACGUGUGUAAUACUCUUACUUGUUACGAUCACUGCUCACCGAGCUUUGUCUACAUGUGAUCCUUGUUCACUCUGCGCACCCAACAAAAUAUAGUCCUUGCAAGCAUCAAAUUCAAUAAUGUGAGAGAACUUUUUAAGCAAUUAAUAUUACAUUUUAAAAUAAUGCACAAUUGCAAAUCUGUAUUGGUCUCAUUGUAGGCACAUAACUUGAAACCUGUUAUAUAUAUGUAAAAUAUGUAGGUACUAUGAGAUUGUAGCACUGGGUGCAUAAAAAUGUAUGCCAUUUUAUUCGUGAUAUAAAGAAGAAAUUAAUGAGUCUGCUCAAUGUGCGUACGAUUGAGAUGUUACUUGAUGACAGCUUGCACAGAAAAAUAUGUUCAAUGUUGAUAUUGAAGUCUUUAAUCACUAACAUUUAAUUAUAAUGCUGGUUACAAACGCAUGCGCUUCGAGAAUUUUCUAUGCGAUCGAGCAGUUCAGUUCAAAUCGUAUAGAAUUUUUGCUCCAUUUGGAGAAUAUGAAGAAUCAUAUGAUUCUGGGUAGUGACUUUAUUACGUAAAAUUCAUUUUGCGGUAGAAGUCUCUAUUAAUUAUUUUAAAAUAUGUAAUCAGCUUAUGUUUCGCAUUAACUUGCUAUUUUAAAUGUUUGGACUGUUAAAAUAUUAUGCUCUUGUAGACUUCGUCUAUCUAUAUAAUUUACUUCGGAGAGCAUUCAUAAUAAUAUCUACACCAAGUGAUCUCAUGAAUGGUGAUUACGUGUCUGCAUACGAUGGUGGUUAUUAUUAGUUUGAUGCCUUUUUCUUAUUCCAAUGCGUUAAAUGCCUAUUUCACGAAGAUUUAUUGCACAAAUACAUGUUUCUUGCCUACGUUUGUUUUAUGAAUUUCUGAUCUAUGUAAGUAGAAGUGGUCAAUGCAUAAUUUCGGCGGUUAUAUAAUGGAUUAACUUACAAUAAAUCGAAUAUAAAUUUUAAUGAGCCGUCCAUAUUAUGUCGAUGACAUUUUUCCAACUGUAUAUAUGAUUACUGAACAUGCUAUACUUUUGUUUAAUAUUAAUUGUUUUUGGCACACAACAAAGAAGUCCAGCAUUUAGUAUUGACCAUUUUUCUUUUUUACGGGACCAUUUAAAUAUGAAUUAUUUGUUUAAAUGAAGGAAUAUAUGUUUAAUUUAAAAUAUUUUUCACGAAAUAAUAAAUAGUGACAAGCAUUUCAAAAUGAAACCUUUGCAAUAAUAUAUCCAAACAUGA